UUAACCAUUUAUGAGACAGCCCAACUCCUCCCAACUACACGUGUUCCUAACAUUGCUUUAUCGGAGAACCAAAAAAUUACAAAGUCUUGUAAUCUUCAAGUUCCCAUCUUUCUGCCGUGUACCUCCUCCGUAACGGAUCUAAAUACGAGAUAAUCAAGACUCGAGGUCCUUCGAUUCUCCCCAACUCGCCUCACCAGAGUAUUCCCGUCACUGGAUUCUGCAAGUCGGUGCUCUCCUACUAGAUAGAGAUAAGUGCUCAUAAGAUGAAGGCGACGAAGAGGCCGAUCCACGCAGUGGCUACAUGGGUCCAGAGGCAACCGCCCAAGAUCAAGGCUUUUUUAGCUAUUAUUUCUGGGAUGGCAGCUUUGGUUUUUCUUCGUAUGGUGGUUCAUGAUCACGACAACCUAUUCGUUGCUGCUGAGGCUGUUCAUGCCAUUGGAAUCUCUGUCCUAAUCUACAAGCUCAUGAAGGAGAGGACUUGUGCUGGACUUUCACUGAAAUCACAGGAGCUGACAGCUAUAUUUUUAGCUGUUAGACUAUAUUGCAGCUUGGUCAUGGAAUAUGACAUACACACGUUACUUGAUUCAGCUACAUUGCUGACCACACUAUGGGUGAUUUAUAUGAUUCGCUUCAAAUUGAGGUCCAGUUACAUGGAUGACAAAGACAACUUUGCAAUUUACUAUGUGUUGAUACCUUGUGUUGUGCUCUCUUUGCUUAUUCAUCCAACAACACAGCAUCAUUUAAUAAACAGGAUUUGCUGGUCUUUCUGUGUUUUUCUUGAAGCUGUUUCAGUAUUGCCUCAGCUUCGGGUUAUGCAGAACACAAAGAUUGUUGAACCUUUCACAGCACAUUAUGUAUUUGCACUUGGAAUUGCACGGUUCUUGAGUUGUGCGCAUUGGGUGCUCCAGGUAUUGGAUACUCGAGGACGCCUUUUGACGGCACUGGGCUAUGGAUUGUGGCCUCCUAUGGUCCUCCUUUCAGAAAUUGUGCAGACUUUCAUUCUCGCGGAUUUUUGUUACUACUAUGUGAAGAGUCUCGUUGGUGGACAGCUUGUUCUUCGUCUCCCCUCAGGAGUAGUGUAAGGCAAUUGAAUAGGCAAAAGUUCAUUCAGAAAUGGCUUCACAGAGGGCAGUGCAGCACAGCUCAGCUGCUUCUAUGGGGGGGGGGGGGGGGGGGCAGCACUUGGGAUAAGCUUGUAUACACAUUCUAAUUUGCAGCCAAUUAGGAUUUAUCUUUGUAGGUGGACUGUAGAGUUGGCGAUACAUUGGAUUUUUGGUUUCUCAUAAUAUAAUAAUUUAAUAGAAUUAUUAGAUUGCAUA